UUGUCACAAGGCACAUUUCUAUCCUCAUUGGUGUUGUAUCUCCUUCAACACCAAGGAAAGAAAUUGCCUUUCUCUUGAAUCCUUUUGGUUCUAAUCAUUCUCAUAGUCUUUUUGUGUCCCACAUUUGUUUCUUCCGCAAAGCCAAUAUAAGAUGGAGAAAAGUCAGUUGUCUCCAACCAAAGACGCGUCCACAAAGCAGAAGAAUGUAGACGAUUGGUUGCCGAUAACGUCCUCUAGAAAUGCCAAAUGGUGGUACUCUGCGUUUCACAAUGUCACCGCCAUGGUCGGAGCUGGUGUGCUCAGCUUACCCUACGCCAUGUCCAACCUUGGAUGGGGACCUGGAGUGACAAUAAUGAUAAUGUCAUGGCUGAUAACAUUUUACACAAUAUGGCAGAUGGUGCAAAUGCAUGAGAUGGUUCCAGGGAAGAGGUUCGACAGGUACCAUGAAUUAGGUCAACACGCAUUUGGGGAGAAGCUCGGACUCUGGAUCGUGGUGCCACAACAACUAAUCGUUGAAGUAGGUGUGGAUAUUGUGUACAUGGUUACGGGAGGGAAGUCAUUGAAAAAAAUCCAUGACCUUCUUUGCACCGAUUGCAAAAAUAUAAGAACUUCAUAUUGGAUCAUGAUCUUCGCUUCCAUACACUUUGUUCUUGCUCAUCUCCCUAAUUUUAACUCUAUGUCUAUCGUCUCCCUCGCUGCUGCCGUUAUGUCUUUGAGCUACUCGACAAUCGCUUGGGCAACCUCGGUGAAGAAAGGAGUUCAUCCAAAUGUAGACUACUCGUCUAGAGCAUCUACAACCUCAGGAAAUGUAUUCAACUUCUUGAAUGCACUAGGAGAUGUGGCAUUUGCGUAUGCAGGCCACAACGUUGUGUUGGAGAUUCAAGCUACUAUUCCUUCAACUCCCGAGAAACCAUCAAAGAUUGCAAUGUGGAAAGGAGUAGUAGUUGCCUACAUCGUGGUCGCCAUAUGCUACUUUCCCGUUGCAUUCGUUUGUUACUAUAUCUUUGGGAAUAGUGUGGACGACAAUAUUCUCAUGACGUUGGAGAAACCCAUCUGGCUUAUCGCCAUUGCUAACGCAUUCGUGGUUGUCCAUGUCAUUGGAAGCUAUCAAAUAUACGCAAUGCCGGUCUUUGACAUGCUCGAAACCUUUUUGGUAAAAAAGAUGAUGUUCGCUCCUUCCUUCAAACUCCGCUUCAUCACUCGUACUCUAUAUGUUGCUUUCACGAUGUUUGUUGCUAUAUGCAUCCCAUUUUUUGGUGGAUUACUCGGCUUUUUCGGAGGAUUCGCCUUUGCCCCAACAACUUACUAUAGAAAGAGCGAGAGUGAAUUCGAAAGAGCGAUGGCUACAGAUGAGGAGAUAAAGAAUGAAUUCAAAAGAAGCGGCUUUACUCUUGUCGAAGAAGACGAUAUUCUUAAGAGAUGUGUUACUCUCUGCAUUAACUACAGUCUCAAUCCUUCUGAUCUCGUUUCAAGUUGGGAACUUUAUCAUCUCAAUCGACAACUUCUUGAUCAAACUGUUAAGAAAGAUGAGAUGGAUGGGUUUGUAUUGCAUCUUCAGAAUGAACAGAAAGAAUCUAUUAUGAGAGCGGAAGAAGCUGGUUUGCAUCUUUACUCAAAUAGAGAUGUAGAUAUGCUUUUGGAUGGUGUGCAAGAAGAUACGGAAGAGAUUGUUACUACUCCUACAAACAAGUCUCAACGGUUACAUCCGGAUCCGUUUGAUUCGAUAAGUAGAUCAAGAGAUUACGGUUACUCUACUGGGAAGUCAGUUGGACAUGUGACACCUUUUGGGCAACGAAUCGAAAAGUUUGUGGUGAAGUUUAAUGUUGGUAAUGAGGUGGCUCAUGCAGAGAACGGAAACAACAAUGAUAUAGAAAACAGUGAGGAUGAUAUUAUUAAGAGAGUUCAAACCAGCCAGCGGUGCUCUCUAAAAGUGAAUGGCUCAGGCCCUGAACCAGGUUGCAGGUUCAUGUAUGACAGAACUGAGGAUAGGUUUAAUGCACUUGAGAAUCGGAUUGUACGGCACGCAGAUGCAUAUGCUGCCUCGGGAUUAUAUGAGGAACAGGUGGAUCCGGCUGUUGCUUCACAGAGAAGUAUAUUUGCUGUGGGAAUGAUUUGCUGUGAUGGAGAGGGGCAUUUGAAUGACAAAUCCAUUCUAUUGCAGAGCAGUGCCGAGCGUACUUCAGGACAGCGCGUUCCACUGGAUUUAAACAGACUAGAUCAGUUCUCCAUUUUUCCUGGCCAGAUAGUUGGCAUUGAGGGACAAAAUCCUAGUGGACAUUAUCUCACUGCAUCUAAGCUGCUAGAUUCAGUUCCUUUAACACAUGCUGUUGACGUGGAUCUACCUCCUGCUAAGAGGCAAAACUUGGAUCAGGAGGUCUUAGUUCCUACAGAAGAAUCCUGUGAAAGAUCAGAGGUUUCAUUUAUAAUUGCAUCCGGACCAUUCACCACAUCAGACAACUUGCUGUUUGAGCCACUGAAUGAGCUACUAGCCUAUGCAAAACGAAAGCCACCACAGUUACUCGUGCUGCUUGGACCAUUUGUGGAUUCUGAGCAUCCAGAGAUUAAGAAAGGAGCUGUUGAUGCCACCUUUAGUGAGAUAUUCCAAGUGGAAGUCCUCAGGAAGUUGCGAGAUUACGUGGAAUUCAUGGGUUCAGAAGUAAGAGUGGUUCUGGUGCCUUCCAUCCGUGAUGCUAACCAUGAUUUCAUAUUCCCACAGCCUCCUUUCGACAUUCACAUACCUGAUCUCGAACACCAGAUGACCAGUCUGUCAAACCCGGGGACCUUUGAGGCAAACCAGGUGAAGGUUGGUUGCUGCACGGUGGAUGUACUAAAACAGCUGAGUGGGGAGGAGAUGUCAAAAAAUCCAAGUGGAGUCCCCACUGAUCGCAUGUCCAGACUUGCUAGCCAUCUCCUCCGUCAGCGAAGCUUCUAUCCUCUGUAUCCACCGCCCGAGAGCCUCCCUUAUGAUUCCUCACUCGCUCCUAAGGCGCUACAGAUUUCAUCAAUCCCGGAUAUUCUUCUACUUCCAUCAGACAUGAGGUACUUUGUGAAGAUUUUAUCCCUUGGUGAAGAGGAAAAUGCAGCCAAGUGUGUAUGUGUAAACCCGGGAAGACUUGCGAAAGGAGAAGGUGCAGGUACUUUUGUUGAGCUUACCUACAAAGGCGGUCCAGAAUCGAUGCACGCUUCCAUCAUCUCUAUUUAAAAUCAGAACCCGCUAAUUUCAUAUAGAAGAGAAGCCUUUUGGUUCCUCUCACUUUUCAUGCUACGGUUAUAUGCAAAUGUAAUCUUUAGAUGUAUAGUAAAUCUCCCCCAUCAAGAUUUUUAAAUUAGAUUUCUCAAGUUAGCCAAAAGGAAAGUUUCGGUGGUAAUAAAAGACUUAUUUACUU